UCAACAGCAAACUACAGCAUUCUCUCGUCAAAGAAAUUCUCAUUUCCGUAUUCACACAGCUGCUGUUGAAUUGAGGUAGUGGUGUUCUUCGAUACCUACAGUGAUUGGUGUUCGAGUUCAAGCAGAAGAUGGAGAAGAGUCCUGAAUUGUUCGGAUCUGUUCUCGGGGGUUAAGAAAAAUGCUAGAAUUCGAGGCGUCGAUUAACAAUGGUGGGAACCAGUGAAUGCAACAGAUCAGAUUUGGGGUUUUUUGGUUCUAGAAGGAAAUGAAGAGCAAGGAAAUCAUGAUUAGUUUGUUACUUUAUUUGGGUUUGAUAUGGUCUGAAGUAUGAGUUGAAUUGAAUUUCUCAAUUGAGAAAUCAAUAGCAACGAUGGGUUUAAUUGAUUCCAUCGCUUUGAGCUUUCCAACUAACUGAAUAAGAAAUCUGGUCAGUGAUUUCUGAAACUUGUUAUUACUGGAUUCUUUUUUUCUGUCAUUGUUCUUCUAUUUUGUUGAUCUGAAUCAAUAUAUCCUGUUUGAUAAUGUCGGAGUCUGAUUCGACUACGAACAUAAAGCUAUCUCAUGCCUCUCUUAAUGGUACCAACUAUGUAGCAUGGGCAAGAGCUGUGACUUUAUCUCUUGGUGGAAAAUCAAAACUUGUUACAUUAACGGCAAAAUUAGUCGGCCAAGUGAUGAUAAGAAAUUAGAAGAAUGGAUUUCUCAAGAUCAUCUUGUUAUGACUUGGCUUCUCAAUUCCAUGGAACCAACUAUUUCUAAUGUUUUUAAUUUCUCUGAGUCUUCAAAGGACAUGUGGGAUUCUGUAGCCGAGUUAUAUGGUAAUCAAAAUAAUGCCGCAAGGAUAUUCCAGCUGCAACAUGAAAUUGCAGCAGCAACUCAAGGAGAUAAACCCUUUAUUGAGCAUUAUGGUAACUUGAAACGAAUGUGGGAUGAACUAGCUAUUUAUCGACUACAUACUAUAGAUCCAAAAGUACUUCUUAAGCGCCCUGAAGAAGAUAAAAUUUUCUCAUUACUUCACAGCUUAAAGCCUGAAUAUAAAGCUCUUAAGAGUCAUGUAUUGAUGAACUCGACCGUUCCUUCACUUUCUAGCAUUUGUGCAACUAUUCAACGUGAAGAAAAUCGAAAAGAAGUCAUAGACUUCAAAAUUGCUCCUGUCAGAGAGGAAUCCAGUGCUCUUGCUGUUGAAAGAGGGAAGUCAUAUGGUAAUCGCAAUAAGGGUCAAGGGAAACGAGAAAUCUACCGCUGUGAUCAUUGCAAUAAAACCGGGCAUACAAAGGAUCGUUGUUGGCAGCUUCACCCGCACUUAAAGCCCAUGUUUGACAGCAAUAAAAAGAAAGAACAAAAGGAGCAAGCUGCUGUAGCUGAUACUUCUAUCACUUUAAGUCAGUUAAACCACAUUCUUCAACAAUAUAGUAAGUCAACAAAGAACUCAUCUGAAGACCCUUCUACUAAUGCUUCAGGAUCGAACGACGAAGAAAUUGAUUGGUGAAGGAAUAUAUUCGCAUGGGCUCUAUCUAUUUAAUCCCUGCAAUUUUGUUAACAAAACUUUGCAUAUUACCAGCUCAUUGGACAAUCAGAUUCUACAUUAUCGUUUGGGGCAUCCGUCUUCUCGUAUUUUGUCGAGUCUUUUUCCAUCUUUGUCAGGUGUAUCAACUGUUUGUGAUGCUUGUCAAUAUGCUAAACAAGCUUGCUUACCAUUUCCUAAAUCAACAUCUGUUUCUAGUGAGCCAUUUGCUUUAGUUCAUUCGGAUUUAUGGGGUGAUGCACCUAUUGAUUCCUAUGAUGGAUACAAGUAUUUCUUAGUAUUAAUUGAUGAUUUUUCUCGAGCAACUUGGUUAUACUUAUUGAAAUCAAAAACUGAAGUGUAUU